UAGUACAAAACAAUAGGCUUCAGUAUCUUUACAAAUAAUAUUCGAAACAUAUUACAGAUCGUUCGUAUCACAUCCAAAAUUUCCAUUGCAUUCCAUUCCAUUCUUAACUAAUUGCAAGACAAUAUUUACAAGUGACUGGGUCACUUUGAUGUAGGUACAGACGAGAGUCGAGCAAAUACAUACGAAAUUGUUUAAACACCCAGAAAGUCAGUGUAGUGCGGACAUUUCGCCUGAUAACACCUACGGAAUCCUGUUCUCUAUGGUACGUAGGGUAAUUGUUGCGCUACAACAUGGAGCAAAGGAAGAAUGGUUAUGCAUUUUUGGAUAAAAUGCUAAAUAUUGUAAUGCAAGAAAGGGCUGUUAAUACGCCACUAAUCAGAUUCAAGCAUCCUAAGGAAUUGGAGACAAUUCUAGACUUAGACGUUGCGACCGGAGUGGACGACGAUAAGUUAGAAAAAUGCGUUCGUGAAGUACUGAAGUAUACGGUGAAAACUGAGAAGAGUACUUUCAGGAAUCAACUGUAUGGUGGCACCGAUCCAUAUGGACUGGCGGGUGCGUGGAUUUCGGAGGCAUUUAACACCAGCCAAUAUACUUUUGAAGUGGCACCAGUAUUUACCCUUAUAGAGUUGAAGAUGCUAGUUCACAUACUCCAUUUGGUGGGAAUUCCUGAUGGUGAUGGGAUAUUUAGUCCCGGAGGCAGCUUAUCCAUGUUAUAUGGCAUAGUAGCAGCCAGGUACAAAGCAUUCCCAGAGGUCAAAACGAAGGGAAUGAGAGCUCUACCAGAACUGGUGAUGUUUACUUCAGAAGACAGUCACUAUUCUAUAAAGAAAGCUGCCCAUUGGCUUGGAUUUGGUACUGAAUGUAUCAGGAUAAUUAAGACUAAUAAUAACGGUCAAAUGAUCGUUGAAGAUCUGGAAAAAGCGAUACAAAAAGAAAAAGACUGUGGCAGAUAUCCUUUAUUAGUGAACGCUACAGCUGGUACAACUGUAUUAGGAGCUAUUGAUAAUCUGGAAGCGGUUGCGGACAUCUGCAAGAAGUAUGGUGUUUGGAUGCAUGUUGAUGCUUGCUGGGGAGGAAGUCUAAUGCUGUCACAGAAACACUGCAGUAAACUGAGUGGUAUUAAUAGGGCUGAUUCUAUAUCAUGGAAUCCUCACAAGAUGGCGGGCGCACCGCUCCAAUGUUCUGUGUUUCUGGUACGGCAAAAAGGAUUAUUGCAUGAAGCUAAUUCUGCUGCAGCACAGUAUUUGUUCCAGCAAGAUAAAUUUUAUGAUGUGUCGUAUGAUACUGGUGACAAGAGUGUGCAAUGUGGACGGAAAAUAGAUGCAUUUAAAUUAUGGAUGAUGUGGAAAGCACGUGGAGAUGCCGGUCUGUGUCACCUUACUGACCACGUCAUGAACAUCGCUGAGUUUUGUAUGCAGAGUGUUGCUACUAGGCCUGGGUUCAGGCUAGUAUCCGAAGUGUUGCAGUGUCCUAACGUUUGUUUCUGGUAUAUUCCAAAUUUUAUGAGGGAGAAGGAAGAAGAUGACAAAUGGUGGGCUCUGAUACAUAAGAUUACACCAAAAAUCAAAGAGUUGCUAACAAUGUCGUCUCGGCUAAUGGUGGCUUACUCGCCGCUUCGGCAGCACAGGAAUUUCUUUCGGCUAGCAUUCACCUUCCACCCAAUACUUCCAGAAGAACAUGUCCUAAAUAUGUUACUGGCUAUUGAGGAAUGCGGCGAAAAAGUUUCUAUCUCCAUGCUGGAGUAGCAUUUAUAAAGACUGAAUAUAUUUUACCUGUAUCAUAUAUAAUUGUUAAAUCACAAUAACUUAUAGUAACUGUUAUAUGUUACAUCUUUUAGUAAUCAGGAGUGGCAACAAAUGUAUGUGAUAUAUGCGGUACUGUUCGCGGUUAGUUUGUAAUCCUGAUGUAAUAGUCUGUUGAAUAUUAAGUGUUAUGAUUUUCAUUGCGAAAAAGUUUCCAUCAGGCGUUAUUACGGUGUAAGAUGAACAAAUUACAUACAUACAGUGUAACAUACUGAAAUUGAUUUUGGGAGUUAUGAUUCGAAGAAUACUCAAUUAGAUAAUGAAUCUUAAAGCAUUAUGCUUUAAAGUUUUAUAUAAAUAAUGACGUAUAAUUACGACGAGAACCACAAGAAAACAUUAGUAUUCUAGUUGGCAUGAUAAAACUUUUUUUUAUUAAAUAUGAUUACCUUAUAUUAUACAUGAAGACAUAUUUAAAGACAUUUUUUAUAAUAAACAUGAAUAUAAAUAA